AUGACUGCAUACUUCAUCUGGGAGGUGCCUAUAAUUUCCUAGCCGCUAUUGUUAUCGUGGUUGGAAUGACAGGUGGAGUAGGAUUAGACGUUGAAAGCUUCUCAGAACAAGGGACGAAUUGCAGUCACAGGCUAAGAGAAGGAGACAAGGUGCAGGUCUCAAGAUCUGGAUAAAGAAAUAAAAACAGACAAUGAUUAAUCCACUUCCACUGUGUGUCUUCAUGUUGACACUGAGUGGGUGCACUACUGCCCAGGAGGCUACAGAUAUUGCCUUCCUGCUGGAUGGAUCUGGGAGUGUGACAGCAGAUCAGUUCACCACCAUGAAAACAUUUGUGAAAAAUGUGACCAGUGCUCUCCUGGAGUUUGACACCUUAUUUGCCUUUGUACAGUACUCCACCAAAACAACCAUCCAUGUCAACUUUACCCAGUUCAAUAGAACAGGAUUUGAAAAUCAAAUGGACGACAUCAUCCAGACAAACGGAGGCACAGACACUGCAAGUGGUAUCCGAACAGUUGUGGAAGAUGUGUUUAAUUCUUCUGCUGGAGCAAGACCUGAGGCCAACAGGAUCCUCAUUGUCAUCACAGAUGGCCAAUCCUCUGAUGCUUCACUCUAUCCCACCGUCACUUCACUGGCUGAUGGAAAAAAUAUUACUAGAUACGCUAUUGGGGUUGGAAAUGCUUUUAGUAUUCCGUCAGCUCUAGAUGAGCUGAACAGCAUUGCAUCUCCUCCAGAAUCAGACCACGUGUUUAGAGUGGACAGCUUUAAGGCACUGGACCUAAUCGCUACCGAACUGGAAAUGAGCAUCAUUCCCACAGCAGAUGUUGUUGUUGGUAUGCGUCUGAGGGUUUCCUCAACUAAAAAUCUAAAUGAAACUGAGAUUGAGGAGCAGGUUCUGAAGCCGAUAGCAGACAAACUCAGAGACCAAGGAAUAACUGUUGCUGGGAUCGAGUUAAGAAGGGUUUAUACGGUUGAACCCUGAGAGGAGAGAGGAGGAACAUGAAGCAGGACAGCAGACACACUCCCACUGGGUGUCUCCUGCUUGUCUCUUUUGUAUCUUAUUUUUACCAUAAUCUUAAGUGUCACAGUUGUGUUUGGGAAAUAUAUUCCUGUAACUAACCAUGUUCGAGACCAACCAACCUUGCCUGUUCCUAAAAAGUGUUACUCUAAAGUGCUAAAGUGAUUUUCUCUCUUAUAAGAGCUAUUUACAUGCUUUCUCAAUAAACAAACCAAAUUGACCAUGA